UUCUUCCUCACCACCGUUGUGGACAGCGUUACACGGUGAUCUGGGCUUAGGGAGUCCCCGGGUUUCCAUCAGUGUAUUGUGCGUCAUAGAGAGAACCGGGUGAGGGCUCAAGGGGUGCAGUGAUCGCGGCUCGUGGGCACCCUGGAGGAAAGGGUGGCUACACGGGCCCCCAUCCCUGAGCUGCAAUCGGCCCCCCUCUACACACACGCUACAACCCUGUCUGGCCGCUCCCAUCGCAGCUUGCAUCCCGCAUUCCCGGGCUCUCAUCCCGCGCCCGGCAUCCCAAGAGCAUCCUGCAUCCCUUAUCCCUGCGAGAAUCCAGCAUCUGACAUCCCGGAGGCUGGGCAUGUAGUAGCGGCGAUAGCUGCGGAAUAUGGGCGGGAACCACUCCCACAAGCCCCCAGUGUUUGACGAGAACGAAGAAGUCAAUUUUGACCACUUCCAGAUCCUGCGGGCCAUUGGUAAAGGGAGUUUCGGAAAGGUAUGCAUCGUGCAGAAGCGAGACACAAAGAAGAUGUAUGCCAUGAAAUACAUGAACAAGCAGAAGUGUGUGGAGCGGGAUGAGGUGCGGAACGUGUUCCGGGAGCUGCAGAUCAUGCAGGGAUUGGAGCACCCAUUCCUGGUGAACCUGUGGUACUCCUUCCAGGAUGAGGAAGACAUGUUCAUGGUGGUGGAUCUGCUGCUGGGCGGAGACCUGCGCUACCACCUCCAGCAGAAUGUGCACUUCACCGAGGGAGCUGUGAAACUGUACAUCUGUGAGCUGGCCCUGGCUCUGGAGUACCUACAGAGGUACCACAUAAUCCACAGAGACAUCAAGCCGGACAACAUCCUGCUGGACGAGCAUGGGCAUGUGCACAUCACAGACUUCAACAUCGCCACGGUCGUGAAAGGAGCGGAGAAGGCUUCUUCCAUGGCCGGCACCAAGCCCUACAUGGCCCCAGAAGUCUUCCAGGUAUAUGUGGAUGGAGGCCCUGGGUACUCAUACCCUGUGGACUGGUGGUCCCUGGGUGUCACGGCCUAUGAGCUGCUACGAGGUUGGAGGCCAUAUGAAAUCCACUCGGCCACACCCAUUGACGAGAUCCUCAACAUGUUCAAGGUGGAGCGUGUCCACUACUCUUCCAUGUGGUGUGAGGGGAUGGUGGCCUUGCUGAAGAAGCUGCUGACCAAGGACCCCGAGAGCCGCCUGUCCAGCCUCAGUGACAUCCAGAAUACGGCCUACAUGGCUGACAUGAACUGGGAUGCAGUGUUCGAGAAGGCACUGAUGCCUGGCUUUGUGCCCAACAAAGGGAGACUGAACUGUGACCCCACAUUUGAACUUGAAGAAAUGAUUCUAGAAUCCAAGCCGCUUCACAAAAAAAAGAAGAGGUUGGCCAAGCAUAGGUCCAGGGACAGCACAAAGGACAGCUGUCCCCUGAAUGGACACCUGCAGCAGUGUUUGGAGACAGUGCGGAAGGAGUUUAUCAUAUUCAAUCGAGAGAAGCUCAGGAGGCAGCAGGGGCAUGAUGGCCAGCUCUCAGACCUGGAAGGCCGAGUAGGAAGCCAGGUCUCAAGCAAGCUACAGGAUGGUCGAAACAACAAUAUCCUGACCCAUACGUGUACCCGAGGCUGCAGUAGCUAAGCUCUCCUACCCAGAUGGCACCCUCUCUGCCCUGAUACCCAGAAUCCCUCCUCUGUGCCCUGAUGGUCCCCAUCUCACCCCUAAAACAUCAGAUGCAAAAAAGAGCUCUGUAAUCAGAUCUGGGAAGCCUGGACUCUGGUGCCUGCUUCCAACUGCUUCACUGUGUGACCUUGAGCAAGCCACACCUUCUCUGUGCCUCGGGUCUUCUGCAUCUGUGGAAGGGGUUAAACACAGCACUCUGCCCUGUCUCCAGUCACAACAUUGUGAGAAUCCAGUUGGACUGUACAUAUAUCGAAACUCUCGGAGAUUGAUAAAAGUGUUUUUACAUGUAAAAGUAUCUCAACAUUUUCAGUGUCUGUUCUCCUACACCCCAAAACAAUUUAAACCAUGAGAACUUCACAAUUUGGCUCAUCCUAGCUUGUUAGAGUGUACUUUCAACAAAAUAAACAGCUGGCGUGUUUGCCCCUCCUACUGGACUCCCAGGUUCCAAAGCAACCAGGAAGAGUCAGCCAUAGACUUUCUGGUCUUCUGGAACAGUGCAGAAUACAGACCAAGCCCAGGGGCUCCAUGCUGCAGACGCACUUCUUCCUGACUCCUGGAAGGCCACCCCAACCUUUGGAUUUCAGCAAUCACCAACUCUUGCCAUACCCUCACAUCCCCAUACUGGAUGGCACUCAGAUGCAUCUCUGGUCAUUUCUUCCUCCCACAGAAUUUCAUGGGAUCCCAGAGAAGACUCAUCCUGCAGAAGAACCUCAGUCCCCACCAUCCUUCCAGGGUUUCCUUCCCAGGAAGGGUAUAAACCAGGCCAGUCACUCUGUCAUGAACAGGCCACCUGGCUGGGGAGAUGGCUCUGUGAAGCCUCUGCUCAGUCAAUUGUAGAGGAAAGCAGGGUCACUCAAGAAACAAAGUAUUUUAUGACAAGGUCAGGGAUCAGUUGACACUGGAGCUGGGGGUGCUGAAGCAAAGAAAGCUGGGGCUUUCAGCCAAUUGGCAGCUGCUGCCAAGACUGGAAGACCUCUGCAAGCCAUGUGACUGCUCAAGAGUCGGUUGGCUCACUUUCAAACAGAAGGAGAAGGUUGACCUUUCAGAGUCGCUACAGGACUGAAUAAGAUCCCCUUUGUCACACAGUGAUGACUGAGAGUCAACAGCCAUUUGUCUUCACUCUUCUUCCUCCUCCUCCUCUUUUCAUCAUUAUCAUCAUCA